AUGGAACUGAUGAUAUUGAUCUCUUUGUCCUUGACAACUCUUUUAGCCUUUCUCUUCCUAAAACCACUAUUCAAGCGAACCACCACCAGUCCCGAACUUAACUCACCACCGUCUCCGUGGCGGCUUCCGGUGAUAGGAAACCUUCACCAGCUAAGUCUCCAUCCUCACCGUGCUUUCCAUAGACUCAGCCUCCGCUACGGGCCGCUCAUGCUCCUUCAUUUUGGCCGUGUACCUGUUCUGGUGGUCUCAUCAGCCGAAGUAGCUUACGAGGUCAUGAAAACGCACGACCUUAAGUUUGCCAACCGUCCAAAAACGAAAGCGGUGGAUAUAAUUAUGAACGGUGGACGAGAUGUGGCUUUUUCCUCUUACGGUGAAUAUUGGAGACAGAUGAAGAGUUUAUGCACGGUCCAUCUCCUCGGCAAGCAAAUGGUGAAGUCCUUUGAGAAUGUAAGAAAAGAAGAGAUACAUGCAAUGAUGGAUAAUCUAGAGAGAGCGAGUUCUUCUUCAUCAUCGGUAAACCUAAGCGAUUUACUCCUUAACAUGUCAAACAAUGUGAUAUGUAAAAUUGCUAUGGGAAGAAAAUAUAGCCGUGAAGAAAGCACUAGCGAUUUUGAAAAUCAACUGAGAAAAAUCAUGGAGCUUUUAGGCGCAUUUCCAGUCAGAGACUACAUCCCAUCUUUGGCUUGGAUAGAUAAAGUCCGUGGUUUGGACCGUAAAAUGGAGGAAGUAAGCAAAACGUUUGUGGAGUUUCUAGAAAGAGUGGUGCAAGAACAUGUAAAUAAAGGUGAGAAUAAAGAGGCAUCUGAUUUUGUUGAUAUGCUGUUACGUAUUCAAAGAGAGAAGAAAAAUGGAUUCGAGCUUCAUAGAAGUGAUAUCAGACUCAUCAUUUUGGAUAUUUUCUUAGGGGGGACGACAACAACUUUUACAGCGGUCGAUUGGGCAAUGACACAUCUUAUAAGACAUCCAGAAUCCAUGAAGAAACUUCAAGAUGAAGUCCGAAAAAAUUCGAGAAAUAACUUAUUUAUAUCGGAAGAAGAAGUUGAGAAUAUGAAAUACCUUAAAGCUGUGAUCAAAGAAGUUCUUCGACUGCACCCCCCGGGUCCAAUAUUAAUUCCGAGACAACUUAGUCAAGAUGUCAAAGUGAAGGGAUAUGACAUUUCGGCUGGAACAAUAGUAAUCAUCAAUGCUUGGGCGAUCCAUCGAGACACCGGAAAAUGGGGAUCAGAUGCAGAAGCAUUUAAACCAGAGAGGCAUUUGGAUAUGCAUUUGAAAUUUCGAGGACAGGAUUUAAACUUCAUACCAUUCGGGUCUGGAAGAAGGCUAUGUCCUGGUAUAGAUUUUGCAGUGACGUUAAUUGAGGUUGCACUGGCAAACUUAGUGAACCGGUUUAACUGGAGAGUGGAGAGUAGACCACUUGGAGAUGAUGAUCAGUAUUAUCUAGCUGAAACAACCGGUAUUGAAGUUGGCCGUAAGUUCCCUUUAUUUGCCUUCCCAUCUUCAGCUUUAUCCACUAUGUAGGGUGCACAACUAGAAUCAACAUCAUUUGAUAGUUCACAAACCUCUAAUAACCCAUCAAAUAAUGUUUAUG